GUGCACAGUGGACGCAGCCCCAUCUCCAGACGCCAUGAAGAUACCGGUGUUCCUGUUGCUCGCCGCCUGCCUGUGUGCCCGCACCACGGUGAGCGCCGCCCCCACCACCACGGAGGCGACCCCUGCGGACGCCGUCACCACGACGCCUUCUCCUGCAGAGAACGCUGCGGACGAGGAGCGAGAGGCCGUCGUCCCAGAGGAGCCGGUGUCCGACAACACCGCCCUCGAGUCGGAGAAGGACGUCGAGGUCGAGGUGAAGAGCGACGACUCUAGCAAAGGCAAGCGCACCAUCGAGGGCCAGGUGUCGUACGGCGGCGGCGGCAACGCCCUGGGCGGCUUCGGCCUCAACCCGCAGCUUCAGACCUACUACCAGCAGUACGCCCGCGGACUCUUCCAGCAGGAGCCCAAGAAGUUCCAGCACUACUACUACAAGGGAGAGAGCAGCCAACCCGACCAGGAGCAGUUGCUGAGGCAGUACUACCAACAGCUGCAGGCGCAAGGCACCGCCAAGGGAUCGUCUACGUCCACGGCAGCCGUGGCAGCACAGCAGUAUAGCAGCGGCCAGCAGACAGCCGGGGACAGCACGACACAGCAGGUGUACUACAGCCGGCCCCAGGCCGCUGUCCCCACCACCCACGCCACCUACAGUCAGCCUGCCACCGCCACCACCACGCUUUCGGCCAGCUCCCCCUACCUGGCAGCAGCCCAGCAGCUGUACCACCAGCCCGCGGCAGCUGUCGCCUCGCCAUAUCUCGCUGCUGCUGCCACACCAGCUGUUAGUGCCGCAGCACCGCUGUUCUAUCAGGGAGGAGUAUCAGCAGGUGUGAACCCACUAUCGGCGCUGCUGCAGCCCCAGGGUCUGGGACUUGGACUCAACCUGCCUGUGAUCAUCCUGAGGGUCCCCUCAGCUGGACACGGCCCAGCCACGGCCACUCUGCUGGGAGGUGCUGGCACUGCUGACCCCCUGCAGGCGCUGCUCUACCAGUACAUGCAGCAGCAGCUGGCCACUCAGUCAUACCUCCAGCAGCCCCUGGUCUCGGCGCCUGCGUCUCCAGUGUACGCUGAUGCACAGGCUCAGACACAGCCACAGCUGCAAACUCAACAGCUGAAGACUGUCUACAUCCAGCCCCAGGCUCAGCUGCACGUGCAGCAGCAACAGGCACAGCAGCAGGUGCAAGGCCUCACAGCUGACAAGUACCAGCAGCAGCUGCAAGGCCUCACAGCUGACAAAUACUCACAGCAGCUGCAGUCCAUCACAGCUGACAAGUACCAGCCACAACAGCAGCUGCAGCAGCAGCAGCAGCAGACGGUCUACUACCAGGCACAGCAGCAACAGCAGCAGCAGCAGCAACAGCAGCAGCUAGCUGACAGGUACCGUAUCUACACUCGCCAGCCUACAGACGACAAAUAUGGCGGUGCAUCAGCUGUGUACAGCGCCAAGAAGGCUGCUGCAACCAAGGGACGCAAAACUGCUGAGUCCGAGUAUCCCCAUCAGUACAAAUUUGUGUCUGCUUGAAAAGGGUCCUUAUUUUCCAGUGGAAAGGAUUCUGUACAUUCCACUGUUGGAAAGACACUUUACAUGUCCUUUACAUUGCAUAUCACGAACAAUAUGUUAUUUAUAAAAUUGUCAUAUUACAUUGGUCUUACAUCUGAAAGCUGAUCGAUGUGUGCAACAACAUUUCGGACAUGACUCUAACAAAAAAAAAAUUGUUCUGUCAUAUAGUAAUAUAUUGCAGCCAUUCAGCUCCCGUCUAACAUCAUCAGGUUUCAGUUAUGAUGGUUACCCAUUCAUCUUACACAGUUUUGUUGAAUGUGAACAGAAGUCCAAGGAAAUAAUAUCUGAAACAACCAACUGACAGAAAUCCAGAACGCAUUAUCUUUAUGAUCUCAUCCUGCUAAACAAUCCGUUACAUAAGAUACGAAAAAAUAAAUGUGGCAGGCAAAAGUAGUGUACUUGGUUUCCUUCAGAAUCAGAUGGAUCAGUGUGGGUUCAUAUUAUCUAUAUAAAUCACUGUCCAUAUAUGUAUUGGUUUUCUGCCAAGAUUUAUUUCUGUUAUUGAAUUUUCUAUCAUAUCUUGAUGAUUUAAAACUUUUGAACAAUGGAUCAUAUACACUGACAUUUAUAUCACAUAUUGGUAUUUGUUUCCAAAAAAUGUAGUAUUUAGACACAGAAAAGAAUUUCUGCAACUUUUAAAGUCUGGAAACACUUUGAAAGAAAUGAAGGAACGUUUUUAGAGGUCAAAAAUAUAAUAUUUUUCAUUAACAAACUAUCUCAAUUCUUCUAUAAUAGAGGAAUCAGUAGUGGAAAAAUAUGUUCACCACAUCUCCCAAAAUCAUGACAACCAUACUUCAUUGAGAAUCUCUGACUUAGUCAUAAGCAGACACUUGCUUACAAAAGAAAGUUUGUCUGAUUUUUGUAUCUAUAUUGUGUGCCAAGUUAUCUACAUCAUGUAAAGCAGUGUUCCACAAGUUAGAAGACUGAGAAGCUUCUGUUACAUAGAUCUAGAAGUGGAUACUUCUUUGAAGAAUACUUCAGUAGCUUUCUAAUGUAAAAAGCUGAAGUCUAAACAUGUAAAUUAAUUUUUACAAAUGUUGCUACCUUAAAUG